AUGCCCCAGAGCAGCGUGCGAAAGAGAGCGGCAGAGGGGUUGUUCACGGCAUGGCGGCCUCCCAGGUUUCUGAAGCAGCCGCAGCAGCAGCAGCAGCAGGAAGGCUGUCCUCCGGGCUCUGCCUUUGGGGCCCUGGAGGAAGGAGGCAAAGAGCCCAGGGCCUCGUGGGCUCCCAUCCAGAGCAGCGCCAGGCCAAUCUUCCAGGGCGUUCCCAGCUCAGCCCUGCGGGAGAUCUGCUUGCUGAAGGAGUUGAAACACAAGAACAUUGUCAGGCUGCACGAUGUCCUUCACAGUGACAAGAAGCUCACCCUGGUCUUUGAAUUCUGUGACCAGGAUCUAAAGAAGUACUUUGACAGCUGUAAUGGCGACCUGGACCCUGAAAUUGUGAAGUCUUUCAUGUAUCAGCUGCUGAAGGGGCUGGGAUUCUGCCACAGCCGAAAUGUCCUGCACAGGGAUCUGAAGCCCCAGAAUCUGCUCAUUAACCGGAAUGGGGAGCUGAAGCUGGCGGACUUUGGGCUGGCCCGCGCUUUUGGGAUCCCUGUGCGCUGCUACUCGGCCGAGGUGGUGACGCUCUGGUACCGCCCGCCUGAUGUCCUCUUUGGGGCCAAACUCUACUCCACCUCCAUAGACAUGUGGUCAGCUGGCUGCAUCUUUGCAGAGCUGGCAAAUGCUGGGCGGCCCCUCUUUCCCGGGAAUGAUGUGGAUGACCAGCUGAAGCGCAUCUUCCGGCUGCUGGGGACUCCGACGGAAGAGCAGUGGCCAGGCAUGACCAAGCUGCCCGAUUACAAGCCGUACCCGAUGUACCCAGCAACCACUUCGCUGGUCAACGUGGUGCCCAAGCUCAACACGACCGGGCGGGACCUGCUCCAGAAUCUGCUGAAGUGCAACCCGGUGCAUCGGAUCUCGGCCGAAGACGCGCUGCAGCACCCUUACUUCACAGACUUCUGCCCCCCCUAGGACGGGCUGCUGGGC